GCGGGGGGAGAUAAAAGGAUGACAGUGGUGCUUGGAGAGAAAGUGGACGAGACUCUGUCACUGACAGCCCACGAUGUCGAUUCGGAGAAAGAGGAUCAGGAUUGCUGCGAGAGGGUGGUCAUCAACAUCUCCGGCUUACGCUUUGAGACCCAGCUCAAGACCCUUGCGCAGUUCCCCAACACCUUGCUGGGAGAUCCUAGGAAAAGAAUGCGCUUCUUCGAUCCCUUGCGGAAUGAAUACUUCUUCGACAGGAAUCGUCCCUCCUUCGAUGCCAUCCUUUAUUAUUACCAGUCUGGCGGGAGACUGACGCGACCGGUCAAUGUACCUGUCGACAUUUUUAUGGAAGAAAUCAAAUUUUACGCGUUAGGGGACGAGGUGAUUGAGAAUUUCAAGGAGGAAGAAGGUUUUGUAAAAGAAGAAGAGCGCCCAUUACCUGACAACGAAUACCAACGCCAGAUCUGGCUGCUGUUUGAGUAUCCAGAUAGCUCGGGACCUGCUCGGGGCAUUGCCAUAGUAUCUGUGCUGGUUAUUUUGAUAUCUAUUGUCAUAUUCUGUUUGGAGACACUUCCAGAGUUCAGAGAAGAAAACAGGCACAGUGAAAGCCACUUUUCCACCAACGGGACCCGCCAUAUUAAGCCCAGCCCGUUCACUGACCCGUUCUUCAUCGUGGAGACACUUUGCAUGAUCUGGUUUUCAUUUGAGCUCAUGGUGAGGUUCUGUGCCUCCCCGAACAAACCGGCUUUCUUUAAAAACAUCAUGAACAUGAUCGACAUAGUUGCCAUCAUUCCUUAUUUCAUCACCCUGGGCACCGAGCUGGCUGAGCGCCAGGGAAACGGACAACAAGCCAUGUCCCUGGCGAUCUUAAGAGUGAUUCGUCUGGUCAGAGUCUUUAGGAUUUUCAAGCUCUCCAGGCACUCUAAGGGGCUCCAGAUCUUGGGAAAGACGCUCCAGGCGAGCAUGAGAGAGCUGGGGCUGCUGAUAUUCUUUAUGUUCAUUGGUGUCAUUCUGUUUUCCAGCGCUGUCUAUUUCGCAGAGACAGACGAACAAUCCUCGGUGUUUACCAGCAUCCCAGAGGCGUUCUGGUGGGCGGUGGUAUCCAUGACCACUGUGGGUUAUGGUGACAUGUAUCCUGUGACAAUUGGUGGCAAAAUUGUAGGUUCCUUGUGUGCCAUUGCAGGGGUGCUGACAAUUGCGCUGCCGGUGCCAGUGAUUGUCUCAAAUUUUGACUACUUCUAUCACAGGGAGACCGAUCAUGUGGAGAAAUUCCAGUACACACAUGUAACAUGCGGGCAGCAGCAACCCUCUGAACUGAAACACAGUAACAGCCAGCCUUCUAUAAGCAAAUCAAAUUACAAUCUAGAAAUCGAUUUAGAUGCAUUCAAAUAUACCAACUAUACCCCCCAAAUGCAAUACACAGGGAAGACAACUGAUGUAUGAACCCUUAACGAAAAGGGGCAACGUGAAAAACAACGUAGAUUUUUCAUUCGGCACUUUUGCUUAAAUAAUAAAUAACCUCUUAUGUAGAGUACUCCUAAUGCGCAGAAGCGAGGAAUAUUUUGAAAUUUGGAAGCCUAGGCAUGGUUUGUGAACCGUAAGUUAUGUAUUUAUUUAUUUUUUAAUAUAAUUAUUAUUGCUUUCCAUCCACAAGCUGUCUUCAACAGUUUAAUUUUAAUAAUAUUAAAAAAUAACUAACAAGCAAACGGGAUUUCAUGCAUAUGCCAUUUCCCCGUCUUUAUCUCACUUUUUUAAAAA